AAGGAUAGAGAAGAGUUGUAUUAAAUGUGAUGAAAAUACAAAUAACUGAUUUUAAUUAAUGUUUCCUUGAUUAUUUUUAAUCUUGCUAUAAAUUUUGUAAUUUUGUGGUAUCGGGCUGUCAAACAAAUAACAUUAUCACCUCUCUUAUUAUAUAUAGAUACAGAUUGAUUUGACACACUAAGUUUCAAAAUGAGAAGGAGAAGUAAAACAAUAAAAUUUAAGAUAUAAUUUUUAAAGGAUAUUGUGCAGUAAAUAUAGCUUUAUUCUUCUCUAAAUUAAAAAUCUCAAAUUCAGAUUUUAUACAUAAAAAACUUAGCAAUGACUUUCUCACGAUCAAUCCUUAUAUAUCGUAAAUAAAAAAAUAAUCAAAUUUUAAUAUAAAAAUAAAAAUAUAAAAAAAAAAAAGGUAUAUAGCAUGAGUGCGUCAAAGGAGGAAAUUAAACAGGUGUUACUGCAUGCUGCUGACGCAUAUUUUCCUUUAUCAUUAAUUACUACGCCACUUGUUCCUCUCUUGUUUCAUUUAUUCACCAUACUCACACACACACACUCUGCUUAUUAUUUACUAUUAUUAUUACCUCCCUUCCCAAGAAACUGCACAGACUUUGCAGAAGAAAAAUGGAAUCAAAGAAAAUGAUUAAUUCACCAAGAAAAAGGAUUAGGAAAUAUCAUACAAGAAAAACUCCAAUCAUUAAUUCUUAUACAGAUAUGGCUGAAGCUAGAAGAGAAAUUGUCCAUGCUUUACACCUUCAUAGAUCUUCAUCAUUUAAUAACCCAAACAAUUAUGCCUUAUUGGGUCAAAGAGUAAAUUCCCAACAAUAUUAUUACUCAAUAGUGGAAUCUAUGCCUAUUCCUCAACCAACAUGGUCUACAACGGCUCCGGCAAUACAUAAAACACCGCCGCCGCCAUCACCACUGCCACCUUCUUCCAGUGGCGAUGUUACGGAGUUCGAUUGGUGGCUAGGGUUUCUUAAGUCAUUGGAUUUGAAGAAGAAUACAAGUGAAGUAGAAAAUAUUUUGAUGGAAAAUUCAAAGGUGAUUAGUCAAUUACAAGAUGGAUUAAAGAAGGAUGCAACUAAUAAUCUGAUAGAUGAGUGGUUAAUUAUUCCUACAGCUGAUGAUGAUGAUGUGUUAAUUGAGUUUUAAUUAAGUUAAAACCUAGCAUUAGUUGAAGAAAAAACAUUGUAAGUUGUUUAUUUCAUGAUCAGUUUUCGUAAUUUUUUGUAUGUUUAAUUCAUUUAUUUUAUUUUAUUAUAUUAGGAGAAGAGGUUAGUGGCUAUUUUAUGUGAUUCUUCCUUAUUUUGUUGCCUAAUUCUACAAUGCAAUAAUACAAACAAUGUUCACCAACUCUAAUACGUUAUUUAGGAGAAGAGGUUAGUGGCUAUUUUAUGUGAUUCUUCCUUAUUUUGUUGCCUAAUUCUACAAUGCAAUAAUACAAACAAUGUUCACCAA